UGCCUCUGUGGUUUUCAUCCAAGUCCACCUAGCUUCUGAUUGGUUACUUCAGUCACAUGUUAAUCAGGAACCAGGAAAUGAUGUGAAGUUGAGGAAGUGUGACGGAAGCCAGCAGCCUCCCAGUCCCUCUGUCUCUGCAAUGGACCAGUUUGUUGGCUCAACUGUGACAGAAAGUUUGGAGCGAGUUUCAGCUUUGCUUGGCUGCAGUCCAAACUCUGCAGAAGUGGCUGCAUACCUCGACAAGCAUGACACACUGAGACAUCUCAGGGAGGAAUUCCUGAUGCCCACAAUUUCAGAUUUGCCUCCAUCUGAUCUCUCGCUGGUCGAUGGCUCCAAGGAAUGCAUCUACCUUGUGGGAAACUCGUUGGGGCUUCAGCCCAAAAUGGCCAGGAAGUACGUGGGAGAAGAGCUGGAGAAGUGGGCCAAAAUGGGUGUCCAUGGUCACUUAGAAGGCUCUCGACCUUGGGCGUGGGCUGAAAACAACAUAGAGGAACUGAUGGCUGAUGUUGUUGGAGCUAAAACUGAGGAGGUGGCACUGAUGAAUGGCCUGACUGUUAAUUUACACCUUCUACUGCUUUCCUUCUACAAACCCACUGCAGCUCGGCACAGAAUCCUUCUAGAGGACAAGGCCUUUCCUUCAGACCAUUAUGCUGUCGAGUCUCAGAUCCGGCUGCGAGGAUUGGACCCUGAGAAGAGCAUGCUGCUGCUGUCCCCCAGACCGGGAGAAGAGACUCUGAGAACUGAGGACAUCCUGGAGGUGAUCGAGAAGGAGGGCGACUCCAUUGCUGUGGUGAUGUUCAGCGGAGUUCAGUAUUACACCGGCCAGCUGUUCGACAUGGCCGCCAUCACUGAGGCCAGCCAGAAGAAGGGCUGUUAUGUGGGUUUUGAUUGUGCCCACGCUGUGGGAAACGUCGAGCUGAAGCUGCACGACUGGGGAGUCGACUUUGCCUGCUGGUGCUCCUACAAGUAUGUAAAUUCAGGUGCUGGCGGUCUAGCCGGGGCGUUUAUGCACGAGAAACACAAAGACACUAUCAAACCUGCGCUGUUGGGAUGGUGGGGACAUGACGUGAAAACUCGCUUCCAGAUGAAUAACGGUAAAGAGAUGGAGCUGCAGCCUGGAUUGAGCGGCUUCAGACUGUCCAACCAGCCCAUCCAGCUGGUCUGCCUCCUGCAGGCCAGUUUGGAGGUUUUCAAGAUGACCAGUAUGCAGGCGUUGCGCAGGAAGUCCCUCCUGUUGACGGGUUACCUGGAGUAUCUGAUCCAGCAUUAUUACACUGAGGACCCCACUCAGCCUCACAAACCUCACGUCCGCAUCAUUACGCCCUGUGACCCUCAGCAGAGAGGCUGUCAGCUCUCACUCUGCUUCUCUGUCCCCAUCCGAACGAUCUUCCAGGAGCUGGAGAAGAGGGGAGUCGCUUGUGACAUGAGGGAGCCCAGUGUGCUGCGAGUCGCUCCGGUGCCGCUCUACAACUCCUUCAGCGACGUUCACCGCUUCAUAGAAACACUGGGAUCAGCUCUUGCUGCCAGCAGCCAAUGAAUGAAGAGAGGUGAACUAGUGUGCAUGGUCCCUGGGAACUAUGGAAGUCUUCAGGUUUGUCCACUUUCCAGUGUUAAUGGGUGUUUCUGCAACUACGGGCAUUUUAAGUCCCAGCAAUGAAACUUUGGAAAAUUUGCAGUGUUAUGAUAAAUAUAUAUACAGUGUUGACAUAAAAAAUAUUUAC